GCGGCCAUAAGCCCAGCAGCGUCCGCCGCUACGGGAGCCGAGCACAAAGAGGAAUCACACGACCGGGGGCCCCGUUUUCUGUAAUCCGCCGCCCCCUCCCCGCCCCGCCGCCAAUGAACCACCGGCACACCGCUGCUGCUGUUCACGAACGCGAAGGAAGGAACGGUUUUCAUUUGAAAGAUGGCGAACGACUCUCCGGCUAAAAGUCUGGUAGACAUAGACUUGGCUUCGUUGCGGGAUCCAGCGGGGAUUUUUGAGCUGGUUGAAGUGGUUGGAAAUGGCACCUAUGGACAAGUAUACAAGGGGCGGCACGUCAAAACCGGACAGCUGGCCGCCAUCAAGGUUAUGGAUGUCACAGAGGACGAAGAGGAAGAAAUUAAACUGGAGAUAAACAUGCUGAAGAAGUACUCCCAUCACAGAAACAUAGCAACCUAUUAUGGUGCCUUCAUCAAGAAGAGCCCCCCAGGACACGACGACCAGCUCUGGUUGGUGAUGGAGUUCUGUGGUGCCGGAUCCAUCACAGACCUGGUGAAGAACACCAAGGGGAACCAGCUAAAGGAGGACUGGAUCGCUUACAUCUCCAGAGAAAUCCUCAGGGGUCUGGCCCACCUCCAUGCCCACCAUGUCAUCCACCGUGACAUCAAGGGUCAGAACGUCCUGCUGACUGAGAAUGCAGAGGUCAAACUGGUGGACUUUGGCGUGAGUGCGCAGCUGGAUCGGACAGUGGGGAGAAGAAACACCUUCAUCGGGACGCCAUAUUGGAUGGCCCCCGAGGUCAUCGCUUGCGACGAGAACCCGGACGCCACAUAUGAUUACAGAAGCGAUCUGUGGUCUUGUGGGAUCACGGCUAUUGAGAUGGCCGAAGGGGCACCGCCACUUUGCGACAUGCACCCGAUGCGUGCGCUCUUCCUCAUUCCGAGAAACCCUCCCCCUAGGCUGAAAUCGAAGAAAUGGUCCAAGAAGUUCUUCAGUUUUAUCGAGAGCUGUCUGGUGAAGAACUACACCCAGCGUCCCCCCACAGAGCAGCUGCUGAAGCACCCCUUCAUCCGCGACCAGCCCAACGAGAGACAAGUCCGCAUCCAGCUGAAAGACCACAUCGACCGCACCAAGAAGAAGAGGGGAGAGAAGGAUGAGACUGAGUACGAGUACAGUGGCAGCGAGGAGGAAGAAGAGGAUCCUCCAGAGCAGGAGGGGGAGCCCAGCUCCAUCGUGAAUGUGCCAGGUGAAUCGACCUUGCGCCGCGACUUCAUCCGUCUGCAGCAGGAGAACAAGGAGCGGUCGGAGGCGCUGCGCCGCCAGCAGCUCCUCCAGGAGCAGCAGCUCCGGGAGCAGGAGGAGUACAAACGCCAGCUGCUGGCCGAGAGGCAGAAACGCAUCGAGCAACAGAAGGAGCAGAGGAGGCGGCUGGAGGAGCAACAGCGGCGUGAACGGGAGCUGAGGAGGCAGCAGGAGCGCGAGCAGCGGCGUCGGGAGCAGGAGGAGAAGAGGCGCAUCGAAGAGAUGGAGCGCCGACGGAAAGAAGAGGAGGAACGGCGGAGGGCUGAGGACGAGAAGCGGAGGAACGACCGCGAGCAGGAGUACAUUCGCCGUCAGCUGGAGGAGGAGCAGAGGCACCUGGAGAUGCUGCAGCAGCAGCUUCUCCGUGAACAGGCCAUGCUGCUGGAGUUCAAGUGGCGGGAGCUGGAGGAGCAGCGCAAGGCAGAACGACUCCACAAGCGUCUGCAGCAGGAGCAGGCCUACCUGCUGUCUCUCCAGCAGGACCGCAAACAACAACAACAACAGCCCGGCGACGACACCAAAGACUUAAACAAAGUGUCCUCUGACCAUACCAAACCAUCACAGACCUCUAUGGUGCCCCCUGACAGAGUCCUCGCCCUAACUCCGCAAGCUCAGGUCCUUGACAAUCCCACCCCUCCGGUGAGAUGCCCCCCUGAGACCCUCCGGGCCCUCCCGACAGCCCCCUCAGACACCACUAAGACCCAGGCCUUCAUCUCAGAGGACAGAGACUCCGAUGAGGCCUGUUCCAACCAGAUCUCUGACCCCAGCAACCCCCUGACUCAAGCCCCCGAUGAAUCUAAACCUCUCCAGGCCGAACAUGCAGAGCCUGAUAGGCCCGCACAGCCUGUCAGUCAUCCUCCGCAGCCAAUCAAAGAGGCUGACGAGCGCUACCGUAAGAAUAUUCAGGGCUCCCCUCAGUCCGCCCCACCUCCCAAGCAGCCCCCCCUGCCCCCCCGCUCCUCCGAACCAUUCUCCAAUGGCAGCUCGUCCGAGGCCUCCGCCAUGCACCGGCCCAUGGAGCCACAGGUCCAGUGGUCCCACCUGGCCGCUCUAAAGAGCAGCAACAGUGCCGCCCCCUCUCCUCCUCCUCCUCCUCCUCCGCCCGUGGUCGCUCGCUCGCAAUCGUUCAGCGAGUCCGGCGGUAUGGCCUCUAGCUUUGCACAAAUCCACCUGCGCUCCCAGGACCCCCAUCACCAUCAUCACCACCACCAACAACAACAACACCCAUCGCCUGCACGCACUGAGCCCCAGCCCCAAACCCCCCAUCAUCAACACCAACCCCAGGCCCAGCCCAGGGCCGAGCACCCAGCCCCCAGUGAGGAGGUUCCUCCCAGGGUCCCAGUGAGGACGACAUCCAGGUCUCCAGUGCUGUCGCGCCGAGAAUCCCCUCUACCAUCACAGCCAAGCAGCCAGGGUGGACAAAGGAAUGCUAGCAGUAAUGCAGAGCAGCGCCCGCUCUGGGAUCGCGUGGAGAAGCUCCAGCCCCGACCAGGCAGUGGCAGCUCCUCUGGCUCCUCCAACUCCAGUUCCCAGGCCAGCUCUGGGGACCGCUUCAGGCCACGCUCUUCCUCCAAGUCUGAGGGAUCACCCCUCCAGCGGCCAGGGGAUGUGGCCAAAAAACCUGAUGACAAGAACCUCGCCAGACCCAACCGGCCAGCUGACCUGACAGCUCUUGCCAAGGAGCUCCGUGCAGUGGACGACGUCCGGCCGCCCCACAAGGUGACGGAUUACUCCUCCUCCAGCGAGGACUCGGGCACCACUGAUGAAGACGAUGACGAGGAGGUGGACCAGGAGGCAGGAGAGGAGUCCACCUCGGGAGCUGAGGACUCCAGGGCCGGAUAUUCCCAUGGCUUCUACAGGAGGCUGAGCAACGGGGAGACGGAGUCCCUGAAGACCAUGCUGGCCGAAGACUCAGAGAGCGACCAAGCCACCACCCCCUCCAAAGAUGGCACCUUGGUUAUCAGACAGAGCACCGGUGACAUAAAGCGGUUGGUCAAUGUGUCAUCCUCUUCUCCCUCGGCUGGCUCCGGCCAUGGUCAGCCACACCCCCACAGCCACUCAGAGAAAAACGGCUUUGCGGGCCACAUACACCACCUACCAGACCUUAUCCAGCAGAGCCAGCACUCCCCCUCCUCCUCCACAACAUCCAUCCCUUCCUCUUCCUCCUCCUUCUCCUCCGUCUUCCCCCCAUCAUCCACCCUUGCCAGCCCUUCCAUGUCCCCCCAGAACCCCCUGGACAAGCUCACUGCUAUGGAGACCCAAUCGGCCAGCAACACCAUGACAAAACACAAGUCCUCCUCCUCCUUCACCCCAUUCAUUGACCCACGCCUCCUCCAGAUCUCGCCAUCCAGCGGCAGUGGUCUUAACAACAUGGCUGGCCUCGGGCAGGACGGGCGGCUGGCUGACGCACUGAGGUCAGAUCCGUCUCGAAAAGGCUCAGUGGUCAAUGUCAACCCGGUCAACACACGCCCGCAGAGCGACACACCUGAGAUCCGCAAGUACAAGAAGAGGUUCAACUCUGAGAUCUUGUGCGCUGCACUCUGGGGGGUGAACCUGCUGGUAGGUACAGAGAGCGGUCUGAUGCUGCUGGAUCGGAGCGGCCAGGGGAAGGUCUACCCCCUGAUUAACCGACGACGCAUCCAGCAGAUGGAUGUCUUGGAGGGACUCAACGUGCUGGUGACUAUAUCAGGUAAAAAGAACAAGCUGCGUGUGUACUACCUGUCAUGGCUGAGGAAUAAGAUUUUGCACAAUGAUCCGGAGGUGGAGAAGAAGCAGGGCUGGGUCACCGUGGGUGAACUAGAGGGCUGUGUCCACUACAAAGUUGUGAAGUAUGAGAGGAUCAAGUUCUUGGUGCUGGCCUUAAAGAACUCUGUAGAGGUUUAUGCUUGGGCACCCAAACCAUACCACAAAUUCAUGGCCUUCAAGUCUUUUGGUGACCUGGUACAUAAGCCCCUGCUGGUUGACCUUACUGUUGAGGAGGGUCAAAGGUUAAAGGUCAUCUACGGCUCCUGCUCAGGCUUCCAUGCCGUGGAUGUGGACUCAGGGGCUGUCUAUGACAUCUACCUUCCCACACACAUCCAGACCAGUAUCCAGUCCCAUGCCAUCAUCAUCCUGCCCAACACGGAUGGCAUCGAGCUUCUGGUGUGCUACGAGGAUGAGGGCGUGUACGUCAACACCUAUGGACGCAUCACUAAGGACGUGGUGCUGCAGUGGGGGGAGAUGCCCACCUCUGUGGCCUACAUUAGGUCAAACCAGAUCAUGGGCUGGGGGGAGAAGGCCAUAGAGAUCCGCUCCGUGGAGACCGGCCACCUGGAUGGCGUUUUCAUGCACAAGAGGGCCCAGAGACUCAAGUUCCUCUGUGAGAGGAAUGACAAGGUGUUCUUUGCCUCUGUGCGCUCUGGUGGCGCCAGCCAGGUGUACUUCAUGACUUUGGGAAGGUCCUCUCUGAUGAGCUGGUAGGGCUGAGACACGUGUACUCCCGCCCCUGCACAGGAAACACAACCGGUCAACCGCGAUGACCACACCUGAGCCGUGACAAGACAACGCAUGAUGACUGGGACGCUGACUUGACGACAAAGAUAACCGCAACACACCCCCACCCCGAGCCCUGACAUGAGAGAGUGUUAGUGUGUGUGUGUCUGUGUGUGUGUGGGGUGGAGUGGGUGACACCUUGUGGCAGAAGAAUCCCGACGGAGCGCAGCCUGUCUGGACAAGCAAUCAACUGUUUAUUCUGUAAAGAAUUGAAGUGUA